AUGACAUACUCAAAAACCUGGACAUGGGGUCACAAAGAAAGCGAGGCAUUCAACUUGAUUAAAAGGCGAAUCGUGGAAUGUACGAUAUCAUUAGGAUAUUUUUCCGAGAACGAUCGGACAAUUCUAUACACCGACGCGUCACCAGUAGCUUUGGGAGCGGUACUGGUCCAAGAAAGCGACCGACAUACUCCAAGAAUAAUUAGUUUUGCGUCUAAAGCUCUAACCAGCACCGGAAAAAGGUACGCCCAAAACCAGCGCGAGGCAUUAAGCGCCGUUUGGGCAGUGGAACAUUUUUCUUUCUUCCUUCUUGGGAGGCAUUUCACACUGCGUACAGACGCUCAAGGGGUAGCGUUCAUUUUGAAUCGAUCUCGGGAAGAGUCAAAGCGAGCUCUUACCCGUGCCGAUGGCUGGGCACUACGAUUGAGCCCGUACAAUUACAACGUGGAAUACGUUCGUGGCCGGGAUAACAUAGCCGACUCCUCAUCGAGACUGUAUUGCGGUGAUGAUGAACCCUUUGACGAAGAUGUAAGUCCUUGGGAGAUUGCACAACUUGAAGCAAACUGUGUAGAAUUUUUGACAGAACAGGAAAUUCGAGACGCUACCGAAAAUGACGAAACGCUCCAAAAAGUAACGAACGCUCUAGAUACAGGAAGGUGGACCAAAGAUAUACGCAGGUAUCAAGUCGUUGAAAAUGACUUAGCAGUGCGAGAUGGCAUUCUCAUCAAAACCGGUUGCGCUGUAAUACCAAAAUCGAUCCAGACGAAGGCUUUACAGGUCGCACAUGAAGGACACCCUACAACAGCUAAGAUGAAAAGCAUAAUAAGACAGCGUGUAUGGUGGCCUUCUAUCUCAAAAGAUGUUCAAAAUUGGGUUGAAAAAUGCAGAACAUGUGUCAUCAAUGGAAAACCAGAAAGAACUACCCCAAUGGAGCGUGUUUUUAUGCCGAAAACCGUCUGGGAAACGAUAGCCUUGGAUUUCAAUGGUCCCUAUGUCAAGUUUGGAGGAAUUUCAAUCCUCGUAAUCGUUGACUAUAGGUCUAGGUACCUUUCUGCCAGACCGGUCAAAUCCACCAGUUUCGAAUGUACCAAAAAAGUGCUUGAGAAGGUAUUCGAAAGAGAAGGCUAUCCUAAGAACAUUAAAACGGAUAACGGACCACCGUUCAACAGCGAUGAUUACAAAACUUAUUGUAGCCAGCGUGGAAUCAACAUGAUUUUUUCAACUCCUUUAUUCCCACAACAAAAUGGGUUGGUGGAAUCGUGCAUGAAAGUGAUCAAUAAAGCGAUGGUUGCAGCUUCUACCGACAAGACCAAUUUCAUAGAAGAACUUCAAAAAGCAGUAAAUGCGCAUAACGCAGCGGCGCACAGCGUAACCAAGGUCCCGCCGUUAUGCUUGCACGGAAAGUCAAGCGUGGACUCCCACUUCUGCGGCACAGUAAAGCAACAUUUGACGAGGAGCUUUUCGAGAAAACUGAUCGAGAAUCAAAACUUUCUGGCAAACUUCGGGAAGAUGUCCGACGAGGUGCACGGAAAUGCAGAGUAA